CGAUUACAUUGUAUUUUUCCGACAAAUCGACCAUCAAAUUGUGACAAAGACUUCGUACACGAUAUGCAUAGCAGAAAAUAGUAUGGCAGUCAGAGAAAAAAGAAACGAGGUACCUAAAAGAUUGCGGAAACAAUGUUAUGUACCAUGGCAAAAGCGAAUAUCAAAUUGAAAAAAAUAAACUUUUAACAUGAUGGAAACAGAAAAUGUUAUUGAGGUCAAAAAAGAACCAAUUGAUUCAGAUGAAGGGGAAACAGAUCCUAUUUCUUAUCAAGAUGAAGACGAUCAAAUGUCUACAGAAAAUAUAGCAAAACAACCAAAACAAAGCAAGGGUGUGUCUCCAGCUCGACCUUCUACACCCCCUUAUUACACACAGAACCACAAUGUAGGAGGGAAAUGGAAAGUGGCCAAAGAAAAGAAGCAAUACAAUUGCAAAACAUGUAAGUUUAAGUUUACCAGCAAGACAUGGCUUAGCAAACAUGAGAGGAUGCAUGAAGAUAUGGAGAACAAAGCAAAGUUGUAUAAAUGUGAGAUUUGCAGGAAGGAAUUCACACAAAAGAUAAUCUAUCAUGACCAUAUGGCAGCACAUGAAGGACGAAGACCCUAUGUAUGUGACAGAUGUGGCAUGGACUUCACAUGGUACAGGGCAUUCUACAGACAUCAGCAAAGCCACAAGACAGGUGGACAGGAAUUCUCAUGUCAUCUAUGUCACAGAAGAUUCAACAGUAACUGGAACCUGGCGAGGCAUCUGAAAGAAAUACAUUUAUCACAGCAAACAUUCCAGUGUUAUAUUUGUGAAGAACUAUUUGAAAAGAAAAAUCUAUACCAGAUUCAUAUGAAAGCUCAUGAUCGAGAUGAAAGAGACAGCAAGAAAAAAAAUGGUAUUGUGAGCGAAAGAGUCAAACAGAAACAUCUAAAAGUUUCUAAACUUGUUUGUGCUAUGGUGCAAUCCCAGUCUAGAAACAAAAACAAAGAUGUAAAUAUUCAAGAGAGUGACAUGUCGUCUGAUGAUGAGAUUACAGCGUCCGAAUUGAUAGGAAAUUUCACGGAGGACUCGGAAAUGAAAGACAUAAAUUCUUCUUAUGGUGAUUGCAAUGAUGCAGAGUUUUUUCAAAAAGUAUCUAAUUCACAGGAAACGGACGAUAAUUGUCUUGAUAAUACAUCUGAGGCGAUUAUAGAAGAGAUUGAAAGUCAGGAGAUCAAUUCUGCUCUUGCCAAAACUAUAAAAACUGUCACGAAAUCUUCAUUAGUAAGUAGUCAAAAACAAAAGCCUCAACCCAUAUGUGAUAUCUGUGGAAAGAGUGUAUACAAUUUGGAUGCUCACUUACGAAUCCACAGUGGGGACAAGCCAUUCAGAUGCUGCUUGUGUGAUAAAGACUUUGCUCAGCGAGAAGCACUCAAAAUUCAUUACAGAUCUCACACAGGGGAGAAACCAUUCCUCUGCAGUACAUGUGGUAAAGGAUUUGCAACAAGAGGCCUUCAGCAGGAUCACGCUAGAGCACAUAAAGGAGACAAGCCCUAUCAGUGCGAUGUUUGUGACGCCAGGUUCUCUUGGAGAUGUGCUCUCAGUAGACAUAAACAGCUACACUCCACCGGACCAAAACCGCACUCAUGUUCUGUAUGUACAUUUGAAUGUUGGAGAAAACACGAUCUCGUAAAACACGAGAAGACACAUUUGUAUGAUAAUCAUUAUCAGUGUGAUUUUGAAAAUUGUACAGCUAUUUUCACCAACAAAAAACACUUUGUAAAACACAAAAACGAGCAUAAAGGUCCCGAAAAUUCUGUGUCAAAGGUGUCGCCUCGAAGCGGUCGAAUUAUCAGAAUACAACGAGCUAAAAAAGAUGACAACACCGAUCAAACUGAAUCCAACGUAAAUCACCCUACAGACUUUCAUGAAGUCGAAAUAAAACAAGAGCCAGUCGACGAGUUUGUGGAUGAUGAGCAUCAUAUUCUUGACAAGAAGACGUCAGAUACACCUACUAUGUAUAUAACAUCAAAUGAAGGUCAGAUGCCGACUGUAAUAACCAAUACAACAGGAGAAGAAGAAACGGAUCCAGAUUCCGGCAAGCUUCGGUAUGUUAAAGGAAAACGGUUGCAUUUGAAUCAAGACUUGCAACGUUUGCUAAGUAAGAAGCUCAAUGAGAGGAAAAUGGCCAAACCGUGUAUAUCCGGUGUUGGGUCUUCAAGUGUCUGUUUAGCAUCAAAGAUUGAAGAACGAACACAUGGACUUGGGAGGCAAGCAUCGUGUGACAGUGAGGUUGAAGCAUUAAAACAUAGGAAAAACCAAGUAACAAUUUCAAUGGACGAUGUGAUCGAAAAGGAUUGCCAGUCCACCAAAACCUGUGACAAAUCUAAGUCCAACAGCAAUCAAGUAUGUUGUGAAGUUUGUGGUAAAACUUUGAACAUAUCCUACUAUCAUAUUCACGUGCGGAAACACAUGGAAGAAAUGGCUCACACAUGUGAGAUAUGUAACAAGUCAUUUUCGCGGAAACCAGAUUUAAUCGUACACUCUAGGGUCCAUACUAAUAUCAGGCCUUUCCAAUGCAGGACUUGUCCAAAGGCAUUCAAAGUAAAAAGCUUGUUGGAGGAUCAUGUCAGGUCGCACGAUGGAAUUAAACCGUAUGUAUGUAGUCUUUGUGAUGCCUCGUUUGCAUGGAGAUGUGCGUUCCACCGUCAUGUAAAGACGCACUCUAUUAAAAAGCCGUUUCAGUGUGAUGUUUGUGGGAAAGAUUUCCGUCGACGGAGGGACUGGACUUUUCAUAUUGAAAGGAAAACUUGUAAAUUUGCCAAGACUAUCAUUUACAAAUGCAACGACUGUCAAGCUGUAUUUGCAAAUCUGGAAACACUAGUGUAUCACAACGAAAAACAUCACAAGGAAACACCUUCCUUGAAUGUAUUAGAUAUACAAACUAAAUCACCGCCAUUCUUUGACACCUCAUCUGACGCUUCAGAAGCACUGCCACCAGAUUCAAUGUUAUCACCUUCUAACGAGAUGACAGGUAAUCCAGAUGUGUUUGAUGAGGAAUCAUUACCCGAAAGUGACGUGGUUGACGAACAAAACAAAGCCUACCAAACAUGUCCAGAUGAAUCCAUAGAUUCAGACACGGACAAAAGAAAACCUGUAAUUCCAUACCACCCGUUCGUUGCGUUGAACAACUGUAUAGUUCGUGAGGGGGAUGAUUCUGAAAGGGCAACUGAAGUUAAUGAUGAAGAUAAAACGGAUAUAUCACUUGCUAAAAGUUUGUUGGGUAAAAUAAAGAAGGAAUGUGUAGACAGCGAUUCAAUUUUUAUCUCGAAUGUUGCUCACACAUGUGAGAUAUGUAACAAGUCAUUUUCGCGGAAAACAGAUUUUAUCAUACACUCAAGGGUCCAUACUAAUAUCAGGCCUUUCCAAUGCAGGACUUGUCCAAAGGCAUUCAAAGUUAAAAGCUUACUGGAGGAUCACGUCAGAUCGCACGAUGGAAUUAAACCGUAUGUAUGUAGUCUUUGUGAUGCCUCGUUUGCAUGGAGAUGUGCAUUCCACCGUCAUGUAAAGACGCACUCUAUUAAAAAGCCGUUUCAGUGUGAUGUUUGUGGGAAAGAUUUCCGUCGACGGAGGGACUGGACUUUUCAUAUUGAAAGGAAAACUUGUAAAUUUGCUAAGACUAUCAUUUACAAAUGCAACGACUGUCAAGCUGUAUUUGCAAAUCUGGAAACACUAGUGUAUCACAACGAAAAACAUCACAAGGAAACACCUUCCUUAAAUGUAUUAGAUAUACAAACUAAAUCACCGCCAUUCUUUGACACUUCAUCUGACGCUUCAGAAGCACUGCCACCAGAUUCAAUGUUAUCACCUUCUAACGAGAUGACAGGUAAUCCAGAUGUGUUUGAUGAGGAAUCAUUACCAGAAAGUGACGUGGUUGACGAACAAAACAAAUCCUACCAAAAAUGUCCAGAUGAAUCCAUAGAUUCAGACACGGAUUCAAGAAAACCUGUAAUUCCAUGCGAUCCGUUCCUAACUGAAGUUGAUGAUGAAGAUAAAACGGAUAUACCACUUGCUGAAAGCUUAUUGUGUAACAUAAAGAAGGAAUGUGUAGAUAGCGAUUCAAUAUUGAUCACGAAUAUCAACUCUACCGAAUCAAUGAAGGAUUCUUCCACCUUUUCAAACACAGACCUAAAUAAUCAAUCCAACAGUAAACAAGAUCCUGAUCACAUCGGUAAUAACAUGCUACCAUUAAACACUAAUGCCUAUGCGUUUAUCAACUGGACUGGAGGGAAUUUACAAAUAGAACCAUCCAGUGUGAAUGAAUCUUCUCUUUUAUCUGGUGUAACUGAAGACAGACUGAAGUGUAAAAUAUGUGGGAGAUGCUUUGUGUCUUCUUUAGGUCUGAAGGUUCACUUACGCAUUCAUUCGAAGGAUGCUAUGGACAUAUACGCUCUUCACUUUCGUCCGGAUGAGUUAAUGACAAAAUCCAAGAAGGAAAAGGAAGCGAGGAACUUGAAAUACAAAUGUGAACUUUGUGAUAAGACCUUCCCAUUCGCCAGUGGGUUGAGGAUUCAUAUGAUGGCGCAUUCCGGCAAACUUCCAUACAGCUGUAAAACUUGUGGGAAGAGAUUCCCAUAUUUGGAAUCUUUGAAAUCCCACAUGCGGGUGCAUACGGGUGAGCGACCUUUUACCUGCACUGUGUGUGGGAAGUCAUUUGCAUAUCGUCACAACCACGACGAUCACUACAGGACUCACACAGGUGACAAACCAUAUAAAUGUGAUCGUUGUGAUUCAGCAUUUACUUGGAAGAGUGCUUUACAUAGGCACCAUAAGACGCACAAUCUGGAGACCUUGGAAGUGUGUUCCAUAUGCAAGGCUAAGUUCAAAAACGGAGGACAGCUUGUUAGACACAUGAACAGGUUUCACAGCAGUCUAAUAUAAGAAAGAUAUGACUGGUUAUUCGUUAAAGCAAUCAAGUAGGUACUACUAAAGCUAAACUUGGGAAUGAUAGUUGGAUAAUAUAUUAUUCAUAUAUUGCAACCAGUACAAUGUUUUUGAUAGAACUCAUUACUUUAACAACCUUUCUAUUUUUUUACGGACCAACACGUGAAAACUUUUUAUUUUUUGAAUUUCGAAAAUUCUGUUGUUGUAAAAAGACGUUGUUAUGCAUAAAUGCAAUAAUCUUGGUACUAUGAUACAUUUGCAUGUGUAAUGCAUUAUGACUACCCGAUAACUCCAAAACAUUUCAUUCAAUAAGUGAGACGUUUAUAUAUACAACUUGUGAGUUUUUAGUCAUAGUAUUAAUUACUUUUAGUUUAGUUUCACCUUCGAUAGUAGUAAAGUUACCAUGUGCUUUUCCCCCUAAAAUAUGUUACGUACACAAAAUCUAUAGUAUUGCCUAUAAAGUUGAGCGUAUGUCAUGGCACAGCAUCCACCGUUUGUUUGUUUAUCGUUCGUAGUCAAAUGUCUAAUUUCAACGACUUGCUAUCAAGUUUAUUCAAAUAAGUUACAUUGACCGACAGUCAAGGUCACAGCUGUCAAAUGUGUCGAGAACUUCAAAAGUCACGUACCGAAUGUGUGGAAAAAUCUUCAAACCACAUGUAAAGAAGGAAAAUGCAUAUAGAGUAAUGUUAUUUUACCCUUAACAAGCAGUGAUGGAGCACCAUAUUUAAGGUACUGGCAUAUUAUACGAAGCAAGAGUUAUGCUAUUUGACUGGACGCCUGACUGGUGAUAAUGGAUAUCAAAAGUGUUUGUCUAAACUGAAUACGACUCUUCAAGACCCACAAGGUUUUAUAGUUGAUUAGCCAACUAGCUUACUAGGUCAAUAGGCUAUCACGUUUGAUCAAAUGCAUUCUAUACGACCUUGCAGUUACUACUAUUUAAGGUUACAGGGGUCAGAUCCGUUAAACAAAAUCAUUUAGCUUGCACAACGAUGAGAAACAGCACUAUUUGGUUUUUUUUAGUAAAUGACAUUGACCCAUAUCCAAAAUCACUGGGGCCGUAAUAUUAGUCACAGGGACUGGAGUUCUAGUAUUUGGCCAAUAGCUUGCAGAAAUUAACACAUUCAAAAUAUAUAAGCAUUGCUCACAAUUAAGGUCAUAGGGUUCAAAUGUAUUGAUAUUUGGUACAGCUUUUUAAUGUCAUUUCCCUGACAAAUGUUUUUGUUAUUGUUUGGCUUAAUGAAGGACCUAAGUUGGCGACCAUUGUCUCAAAAUAGUAAAUACAAUACUAUUCAGAUAGAAAAAGGUGAGCGAUUAGGGCUCCAUAGACUUUGUUUAUUUUCUUACCACCAUUUUCUCAUAUAAUACAGUAAUUAUAAUGAGUAAAACCCUUUAAAUGUGAUCUUUUGUUGACAUUACAUUGCUAGUUAGCAUUUCAAAUUUCACAUGAAGGUUCCCCAUGGUCCCUAGUUAUGUACAGAAGCUGUAUAUCGUUUUUGGUGACUAAUCACCAAACCAAUAUGGCCGACAGUCAGCCAUCUUGAAUUUGAGAGUUCAAGUUUGUUAGCGCUAUUUCUCAGAAAGAACAGGAAGGAUCCUUCUCAAUUUUCAUAUGAAGGUUUCCCAUGGUUCUAAUUUAAAUUCGAAUAUAAAAGUUAUUGAAGUAUGUAAGUGCUUUUUUUCAGUAAAGUCCUGGAGAUGUCUUCCUCAGAUUUAAUAUGAACGUUCACGAAAGUCCCUAGUUACGCAUAUCAAAUUUUGGGACUAAAGAGAAAACAAGAUGAGCGAAAGUAAGCCAUUUUGAAUUUGAGAAUGAAAGUUUGUUAGCGUUAUUUAUCGGAAUGUACAGCAGGGGUCUUUCUCAAAUUUCACAUGAAGGUUCCCCAUGGUUCCUAGUUGCACACCCGAAUUCUGAGGAUGAUUGAAAAACCAAGAUGGCCGACAGGUGGUCUUAUUGAAUAUUGUUCAAAAAGUAUUUAAGGAAUCUUUCUAAAAUUUCACAAAAAGUGCCUCUUGGUUCUAAGUUAUGUAUAUCAAGUUGUUGGACCGAUCUGAAAACCAAGAUGCGGACAGGCGGCCAUCUUGUUACAGUUUAUGUUUGUUAUCGCUAUUUCUCAGAAUGUACUUGAGGAAUCUUUCUCAAAUUUGAUAUGUAGGUUCCUCUUGGUCCUUAGUUGUGCAUGUUAGCUUUUGGGAUUGAUAAAAAUUCUGAUGAAGGUGACUGACAUGCAAACUGGUCAAAAACAUAAGAGAAAAGAAGAGAAAAUAUCUAACUGUCAUAGAACUAAUGAAGAUGGUAUAAUGGUUGGCGCCAAUAUCCCUCUGGGAUCUUUUGUUUACUAUUACAUUGUUGUGACUAAAGACAUAUUAGAGAAACUUAAGUUUGUUAAACAUUUUACAUGAGUUAGUGCUUAUUGUCUAAUAGCGUUAAUGUUGUUUAACUAUUUUGUUCUAGAUCCUCUUUUUUUUAACAUCGGUACCCAUUCAAUUAACAUUCCAAUCUUUACAUUUGAACUGUAAUGUGCAAUUGUGCAUUGUUUUUUUAAAAAUAAUUAUUCAUGUAUUUCUUGGAUAACAGUUUGUUGUCCUUACUUACUGACUGUACAUAUCAACGUGUCAAAUUUGUUUUCAUUUGCAUCUCUUCUCCUCAAGAUGUCUGUUUAAAUGCAUUCUUAUUAAUGUUAAUGUUUAUUGUCGUUGCUUUUGGUAGUAAUUAAGUUGAACAUUCCUUUGCUAUUGUUACUGGUAAUUUGGUCAAGCAUUCCUUGUUGUGGUGGCUUAUACUUGUAAUUUAGCAGAUCAUUCCUAUUACACCUCAACAUCUGUAACGAUAAACGUUUUUGAAAUAUUCUCUGUUGUUAGAAUAAUUUGUAUUGUCAUAAUGAUUGAAUUUGCCAUACUACGCUUUAAAAUAAUUAAACCAUUGUU